AGUUAAAGUGAAGUCAACUGUGAAAGCAUAGUACUAAGAUUAGUUGUGGUCCAGGCCGAUAGAAGUAAGCUGAGAGUUGGUCGAAAAUAAUUGAAAUCAAAAGGGUUAAUGGUUUUUUAAACCGUUAAAACUUUUGCAUUUUUUUAUAUAGAUUCUGUUUGAUAUUUGAUCGCUGAUUGCUACAUAGACCUAGUGUUGUUUUAUUUUUUUUUAACAAUUCUGGCGUCGUCUUAACACCAUGAACGGGUCUGGUCAACCGGCAGGACUGGGUAAUGGCGGUUUCCACAACUCCCAGGAAGUCACCGCCAACCCGGAGGUCUGUUUAUCAGCCUCUUCUCUACAGAACAACCAGUCAUACCAACAGCAGAAUUUUACACAACCUUUUUCACAACCAAUGAAGCCGAGGAGGAAGAGGGUUAUGCCCAGUUCAUUAUUAACAACUUCUGGUUGUAACAAACUCUCUGGUUGUCAGUACUGUCUCCUUGUGUCUAGUAUUCUGACGAUUAUAUUCUCCGUGGCGAUGCUCGCUGGAGGCUUCAAGUUGAUCUUCGAUGCCAUUAUGAAGACGCAAAUGGAAGUUCGAGAAGGUUCCAAAUCCUUCGAAAUGUGGAAGACAACUCCGUUCCCCCUCAUUUUAAACCUCUUCUUAUGGAACAUCACUAACCACGAGGCGUUUCUAGAGGGCGCGAAGCCAGUUCUGAAAGAAUGCGGUCCAUAUGUUUGGAGGGAAUACCACGACAAGCAGGGAAUUGAAUUCCAUCAUAAUGCGACAGUGACCUACUUGCAGCAGAGGUGGUGGAUCUGGGACGCGGCACUCUCCGGUAGGAACUCUCUGGACGAUUUCGUCUACGCGAUGAAUCCCAUCCCAUUGUCAGCAGCCUGGUCAGUUAAACACUACCCCAAGUGGAUGCAGCACUUUGCAUUCAGUUCGUUAAAUGUUUUGUUCAAAGAGCACGCAGAGCAGGCGGUAGUGAAAUCCACUGUCGGCGAACUAGUCUUCACAGGUUUUGAGGACCCAGUUCUGGACUGGAUCCAGAAAGAAAUCAUCGCAGAGGACGGAAAGUUGCAUCGCUGGCUGCCCUUCUUAAACCUUCCGCCAGGUCUUUCUGAUUACGACAGAUUCGGCUGGUUUUACAUGCGAAAUAUGUCUUUAUACUACGAUGGAAUCUUCAACAUGAUGACUGGUACAGACGACUUGAAAAACAUUGGUAAGAUCGACAUGUGGAAUUACACGAGGGAGACUACAUUCUUCGAGAGUCCUUGCAAUUCUGUGGCCGGGUCCGCUGGCGAAUUUUUCCAGCCAGAUUUACAGCGGGACAAAAUAGAGUUCUACAGCUCCGAUCUUUGCAUGGUUAUGAAACUGUAUUACCAAGGAGACGUGGACCACAGUGGCCUGAAAGCUUACAGGUUCUGGGGGAGCAACCACACCUUUGCCAACGGUUCCGUGGUUCCAGGGAACGAAUGCUACUGCGUCAAGGGAACAUGCGGCCCAACUGGACUUCUCAACGCGGAGUCCUGCAGGAUGGGGUCCCCAGCCUUCAUAUCCUUUCCCCAUUACUUUAAUGCGGAUCCUUUCCUCCUGGACCAGAUCGAAGGACUCUCUCCUGACGAGGACAAACAUGCUUUCAUAAUGGACAUUAUGCCUGAGACAGGUAGCCCAGUGAAUGUCAAUGCGCGUAUGCAAAUUAACAUGAGGGUGAUCCCAUAUAAAGGGAAGAUAGACAUCCUGGCCAAUGUCCCGGACAUCUACCUCCCCAUGGUGUGGUUCGAGGAGCUGGCCGAAGUCCCGGAGGACAUGGUUGGUCAACUGAAGGCUCUGCAGGUCAUCACAUCGACGCCGGUCAUGCCGAUCUCCUUCUCCGUGUUACUCCUGCUGGGGGUCGGGACGCUGGCCUACAUCGUUUUCGUUUGUCUACGGAAGAGAAAUCUUUCCACCGUGUAGGAUGAGAGAAGGAAGAUGGUGUAUUUUGUAAUUUUCCGUUUUCUCUCUCCAAAUCGUGUAUUCUGUCGAAAGAUUACCUUACCAGUAAUGUAUUAUGUGUAGAUUUGUGUAUAGAUAUAGAUCAAAUGCUAUAUCUGUAUUAUGAUUUGUGUAUAGAUAUAGAUCAAAUGAUAUAAUAUUAUCUAGA